CCUAGUCAAUCCCACAUACUCUCUCUCUCUGUAUCUAAAUUCUUUCUAGCCUUCGAGAGUGAUUUAUUUAUUUAGUCACAAACAUGCUACCGUACCAUUCAAGGCCAAUGAUCAUGAUAGAGAGGACACGAAAGUCCAACAUAGAGCAAGCACCAAAUUGUCCUAGGUGUGCCUCUACCAACACAAAAUUUUGUUACUACAACAACUAUAGCUUGUCACAACCUAGGUAUUUUUGCAAAGCUUGCCGGAGAUACUGGACUAAGGGUGGUUCUCUUAGAAAUGUCCCCGUUGGUGGCGGUUGCCGGAAAAGCCGACGUUCAAAAUCCUCCAGAAAAGACGAUAAUACCCUUCAAACGUCGAGCCCCCUCCUCUCUGAAGCUGCCGGAGCUGACAUUGAUCUAGCCGAUGUUUUCGCCAAGUAUUUGAACCAAGGUGCAACCAGUGAUCAUGAUCAAGAUAAUAUUCUUCAAGAAUCUCCCUUGGCUGAUCAAGAUUCUUCUUCUAUUGGAGCAAGCUUAUCUGAUUCUCCUUCAUCAGAUAGCUUGGUUAUGUUGGAUGAGACCAUUAUGGGUAAUUUUCAAGAUUAUCCUUGUGGUAAUUUCCUUCAAGAGGAACAACUACAUGAGGGGGGUUCAAUUCAAGUAGGUGCCGAAGAUUUUCUUGAUUUUAACACAAGCUUGCUUGAAAUGCAAGCCAUGCUUGGGGAUGAAAUAAUAGGGCAAACAGAAGAAUUUGAUCAUUAUAACACGUGGCAACCGAUGAUGCAGUUUCAAGAUUUUGGACCUAUUUUAGAAGAUGAUCAGCUCAUGAAGAAUUCAACACCAAACUUAGCCAGUGACAAUAACAACUAUAGCUCAUUUGAUCUAUCUAACUAUAUAUGAAAC